AGAUCGUCUUGUCGCGCGGCCUGAGGAGCGACCACAUAGAUCACAGAAUGCUUCAGCCACCGCGAGAUCGACGUUUCCACAGCUUCCACUUCGCCUUCUGAUAUCGCAAACCCUUCAAGAAGACGGCGUGAAAGUGGGGGAAUUGUUGGAGACCUCCAGAUUCGCGAAAUGUUGGAAUGGAAGGCGCAGACUCUGACUAGCCGUCUCAAACAGGAGUAUGAAGUGCUUCGCGGAUCUGAGCUCAACGAGAGAGAAACCUGGUUUACUUCGGAUAUCGCCAAUCGCUCGCGGGGAAAUACACUAGCGCGGAUCACGAGGAGUUCGGCGCAGACUUUGCAACAUGGCCUCGGCUGUUAAUGUCUCCUCCGAGCAGGACAACAGAGACCCCGGUCGGUCGAGGUUAACGCGGAGAAAUAGGGGGGACUAUCCGACCGCCGCAGCGGAUUUGGAGUAUUUGCAGCGGCCGAGUUAUUGCGAUGCCGCCUUUGCUUUGGAGCAGAUAUCAGAGGGGAAGGCUGCUGGGAGGAAAGCACCGCUGUGGCUGAGAGCAAAGUUUCAAAGACUUUUGUUUAACCUUGGCUGUUACAUACAAAAGAACUGUGGAAAGUUUUUAGUUGUGGGCCUUUUAAUUUUCGGAGCUUUUGCUGUUGGUUUAAGGGCAGCUAAUCUGGAGACGGACGUGGAGAAACUCUGGGUAGAAGUGGGUGGCAGGGUGAAUCAGGAACUCAAGUACACACGGCAGAAGAUCGGAGAAGAGGCCAUGUUUAGUCCUCAGCUCAUGAUUCAGACGCCGCUACAGGAAGGUGCUAACAUUCUGACCGUGGAGGCGCUGAAACAGCACCUCGAUUCCGCCAUAAAGGCCAGCAGAGUGCACGUUUACAUGUACAACAGGCAAUGGAAAUUGGAACAUUUAUGCUACAAAUCAGGAGAACUUGUUACAGAAACCAAUUUUGUGGACCAGAUUAUAGAGAAACUGCACCCAUGUCUGAUCAUCACUCCUUUGGACUGCUUCUGGGAAGGUGCUAAGCUACAUUCAGGAACGGUCUACCUCCCUGGCAAACCCCCAAUGCAGUGGACCAACUUUGAUCCUAUGGGAUUCAUUGCUGAGCUGAAGAUGCUAAAGUAUCCAGUGGACACCUGGGAGGAGAUGCUGGUGAAAGCAGAGGUGGGUCAUGGAUACAUGGACCGCCCCUGUCUGAACCCCGCAGACCCCGACUGCCCAUUGUCAGCCCCCAACAAGAACACAACACGGCCUUUUGAUGUGGCUCGUGUUCUGACUGGUGGCUGCCAUGGGCUUUCCAAAAAGUACAUGCACUGGCAGGAGGAACUUAUCGUAGGUGGGACCAAGAAGAAUGACAGCGGCAAACUUCUGAGUGCUCAGGCUCUUCAGACCAUGUUCCAGCUCAUGACCCCAAAGCAGAUGUACGAGCACUUAAAGGGCUAUGAGGAGGUCUCGCACAUCAACUGGAACGAGGACAAAGCAGCUGCCAUUCUAGAGGCCUGGCAGAGGAGAUACUCUGAGGCCGUCCAGCAAAGUGUGUCAGUAAAUUCUUCUCAGAAAGUUCUCACAUUCACCAGCACCACCCUGGAAGACAUCCUAAAGUCCUUCUCUGAUGUCAGUGUGAUUCGUAUCGCCAGUGGCUACCUCCUAAUGCUUGCUUAUGCGUGUCUGACCAUGCUGCGGUGGGACUGCGCGAAGUCUCAGGGGGCAGUAGGGCUGGCCGGAGUGUUGCUGGUCACUCUCUCUGUCGCUGCUGGACUGGGACUCUGCUCUCUCUUGGGCAUAUCCUUUAAUGCCGCUACCACACAGGUGUUGCCGUUCCUGGCUCUUGGCGUGGGGGUGGACGAUGUCUUUCUCUUGGCUCACGCUUUCAGUGAGACCGGCCAGAACAAGAGGAUUCCAUUUGAGGACCGCACUGGUGAAUGUCUGAAGAGGACUGGGGCAAGUGUAGCUUUGACCUCCAUCAGUAAUGUGACAGCAUUUUUCAUGGCUGCCCUUAUUCCAAUCCCAGCACUGCGAGCCUUCUCCUUACAGGCGGCAGUGGUCGUGGUGUUUAACUUUGCUAUGGUGCUGCUCAUCUUUCCUGCCAUCCUCAGCAUGGACCUGUACCGCAGAGAGGACAGACGCUUUGACAUUUUCUGCUGCUUUGUCAGCCCUUGCGCUAACCAUGUGAUCCAGCUGGAGCCACAGGCGGUGUACACCGACUCCUCUGCUGACUCCACCCACUACAGCCCUCCACCCUCCUACAGCAGCCAUAGAUUCGCACAGCACACCCAGAUCACCAUGCAGUCCACCGUGCAGCUGCGCACAGAGUACGACCCCAGAACGCAGGCCUACUACACCACGGCCGAGCCCCAUUCUCACAUCUCUGUCCAACCCUUAGCCUCAAACCGCAACAAUAACAACAACCGCAACAGUGCAGGCCCAGGACUUAGGGGGAGCUCAUCAGGGAACAGCCCUUCCACGGGAGGUACAGCUUCAGAUACAGCAUCUUGCCAGAGUCCCGAUGGGGUGAGCUCCACGCGAGAUCUUCUGUCUCAGUUCGGGGAGUCCAGUUUACGCUGUCUGGAGCCACCCUGCUCACGCUGGACGUUUGCAUCGUUUGCUGAGAAGCACUAUGCACCAUUUCUGUUGCAGCCUACAACAAAGGUGGUGGUGAUUGUACUCUUCUUGGCAUUGCUCGGGGUCAGUCUGUAUGGAACCACCUGCGUCCGGGACGGACUAGAGUUGACUGACAUCGUACCACGGGAGACGGGCGAAUACGAUUUCAUCCGCGCCCAGUUCCGGUACUUUUCUUUCUACAAUAUGUACGUGGUAACACAGCGAGCGGAAUACGCACAGAUCCAGCCUCAGCUCCAUGAGCUGCACCAACGCUUCGGCACUGUGAAGUACGUCCUGCGGGAAGAGAACAACCAGCUCCCACCCAUGUGGCUGCAUUACUUCAGAGAUUGGCUUCAAGGUCUGCAGGAGGCGUUCGAUAGGGACUGGCGGGCAGGUCGAAUCACUCAGGGGAACUACAGGAACGGCUCUGAUGAUGGAGUCAUGGCCUACAAACUCCUAGUGCAGACCGGCCGCAGAGAAAAGCCAGUCAACAUCAACCUGCUAACCAGACAGCGGUUGGUGGACGCAGAUGGAAUUAUAAACCCAAACGCCUUCUACAUUUAUUUAUCUGCAUGGGUGAGCAAUGACCCUGUGGCCUAUGCCGCGUCCCAGGCCAACAUCCGCCCACAUCCUCCAGAGUGGCUCCAUGACAGGACCGACUCCAUUCCAAUCAGCAGACUCAACAUUCCUGCCGCUGAGCCCAUCGAAUAUGCACAGUUUCCCUUCUACCUCAAUGGGCUUCGCGAGACGCCACAGUUCGUAGAGGCCAUAGAGAGUGUCCGCGCCAUCUGCAGCAAUUACAGUCGUCAGGGUCUGCCCAGCUACCCGAACGGCUACCCCUUCCUCUUCUGGGAGCAGUAUGUAGGCCUGCGUCACUGGCUUCUGCUCUCCAUCAGUGUCGUGCUGGCCUGCACUUUUCUGGUGUGCGCCAUCUUCCUGCUCAACCCCUGGACUGCUGGGAUCAUAGUUUUGGUGCUGUCUCUGAUGACUGUGGAGCUGUUUGGCAUGAUGGGGUUGAUUGGCAUCAAGCUCAGCGCUGUGCCUGUUGUCAUCCUCAUCGCCUCUGUUGGCAUCGGUGUGGAAUUCACAGUCCAUGUGGCACUGGCGUUCCUUACAGCCAUCGGUGACAGGAACAAGCGAGCAGUACUGGCACUUGAGCACAUGUUUGCCCCAGUGCUCGAUGGAGCAUUUUCCACCUUGCUAGGAGUCCUGAUGCUGGCAGGGUCAGAAUUCGACUUCAUAGUCAGGUAUUUCUUCGCUGUUUUGGCUAUUCUAACAGUGUUAGGGGUCCUGAAUGGACUGGUGCUUCUCCCAGUCUUAUUGUCCUACUUUGGCCCUUAUCCUGAGGUGUCUCCAGUAGACGGGCGAAGCCGACUGCCCACACCAUCCCCAGAGCCUCCCCCACAGGUGGUACGCUUCACCAUGCGACCCAACCACACCACCACUGGAGCAGGUUCAGACUCUUCAGACUCAGAAUAUGGUUCAAACACAACUGUGUCCGGUAUUAGCCAGGAGCUUCAGCAGUAUGACCUCCAGUCCAACAGGGGGCGAUCAGCCAGACUGGAGGAGGUGCGGAUCGCCACAGGUGGACGACAAGGCAAUCAUCAAGUGGAACUACCAGUGUUUUCUUCUAACUCGGAUGUCUCUAAACAGAACCAACCAUCACAGAAUUACAGAACAACCCAUCUUCCCAAUUCUCAGGAUGCUGGACCUCAGUCGUCAAAGCGAUACAGUAGCAGGGACACUAAGAGGGACUUUGGGAGCGGACACCCACCUCCUCCUCACAGGCCGCGCAUGGAUGCUUUUGAAACUGCUACUGAGCCAGGUGGCCGUUCAGGCCCCAACAAUCGGGAACGUCCAGGGACCCAUCGGCCCCGUUCCCACAACCCUUACUCUCACCCUUCCCACCCAUCCACAAGCCCCGCGUACUGUCAGCCCAUCACUACUGUGACAGCCUCUGCCUCAGUGACAGUCGCCGUUCAUUCGGGUAUGCCCAGCCAGAGCCCCGCCUACCCGUCCUACCCCUACAAUGACAGCUACCACACUUCAGAAGAAGUCUACACUGACUCUCAAUUCUCCGACCCUCACAUGCCCUUUGAUGAGAGCAAUGAUGGCUCAAAAACGGAGGGCAUGGAGCUGCAGGAUCUAGAAUAUGACACUUCCAAUGUCUGCCACACAAGACCCUCCAGCUAAGUGGUUGAAUGUUGAAGCUCAAACAGCCAAAGAUGGGACAUCAGUCUGCUAGUGUGGCAGAAGCAUGGUGCUGCAUGGCAGGGACACUUUGACCAGCAGCACCAUUUUGGUGCUUGACUCUGUUACUAUAUAACCCCAGUGUAUUAUUAUUAGAUAUUUCUAUAAGUAUUUAUGUGUACACAAAUGUAAAUAAUGAACGAGAGUU